CUGGGGGAGAACUGGUGGGAAGAGAACAGGUCACUCAACUAUUUAUUAUAUGGACAUCAGCACGACGCCAGAAUGUAUGCUACAUAUUACAGACACUGCAUUUAAAGCAUGUUACGUCCAAGAGGAAGAUAUAAAGGAAGAGGAAGAUAUAAAGGAGGAGGAAGAAGAUGAUGAUGACAAUUCAACUGCUCAGCUCCAGGGCAGCAAUGACACUGGAACGGAUGAGGAACACGAUGUGGGUCCUGAGCAGAAAGGGAACUUUAGUUACCAGAAUUCCCCUGUCAGUCAUAUAUCUAACCAGGAUGCAGAAAAUGAAUCACUGCUGAGUGAUGGUAGUGACCACGUGACAGAUAUUAAAAGCAUUUGCUCUAGAGAGCCGCAGGAUCCAAAAACCAGCACCCAUCCCAAAGCCCAGAAUGAAGCACACAACUGCAUGGAUAAAAUGACAGCGGUCUAUGCCAACAUACUGUCAGACUCUUACUGGACAGGCUUGGGGCUGGGUUUCAAGUUGUCCAACUCUGAAAAGAGGAGCUGUGACAACAGAAAUGGAGGGAACAAAGCUGAUUUUGAUUGGCAUCAAGAUGCACUGUCAAAAAGCUUACAACAGAAUUUACCUUCCAGACCUGUCUCAAAACCCAACCUGUUCAGCUCCGUCCAGCUCUACCGGCAGAGCAGCAAAAUGUGUGGAACUGUGUUCACCGGCGCCAGCAGGUUUCGGUGCCGGCAGUGCAGCGCGGCCUAUGACACGCUGGUCGAACUAACGGUUCAUAUGAAUGAAACAGGUCACUACCAAGAUGACAACCACAAAAAGGACAAGCACAGACCUACCAGCUACUCAAAGCCCCGAAAAAGGGCUUUCCAGGACAUGGACAAGGAAGAUGCACAAAAAGUUUUGAAGUGUAUGUUCUGUGGUGAUUCCUUUGAUUCCCUUCAAGAUUUGAGCGUUCAUAUGAUAAAAACAAAACAUUACCAAAAAGUGCCUUUGAAGGAGCCGGUACCAACCAUUUCUUCAAAAAUGGUCACUCCAGCAAAGAAACGUGUGUUUGAUGUUAACAGGCCUUGUUCCCCCGAUUCCACAACGGGGUCUUUCUCAGAUACUUUUUCCCCACAGAAGAACGGGAACCUGCAAUUAUCAUCCAACAACCGCUACGGCUACCAGAAUGGUGCCAGCUAUACGUGGCAGUUUGAGGCCUGCAAAUCCCAGAUUUUGAAGUGUAUGGAGUGUGGAAGUUCCCAUGACACCUUGCAGCAGCUCACAACCCACAUGAUGGUUACUGGCCACUUCUUGAAAGUCACAAGUUCAGCUUCAAAGAAAGGAAAGCAACUUGUUCUUGAUCCUUUAGCUGUGGAAAAAAUGCAAUCACUCUCUGAAGCACCAGCCAACGACAGCCCAGUUUCAAAGGCAACCAGUAAAUCAUCAUCUGCAGAAUGCAUAGCUCCUGUUUCUGAAAUAAAAAAAGAAAGUAAAAAAGAUAAAGUUGAUGAUGCAAACAAAGAUGAGAAAGCAGUAAAAACUGAAGAGUAUGAGGACACCCUUCAGAAACCACUGGAUCCCACAAUGAAAUACCAGUACCUCAGAGAAGAAGAUUUAGAAGAUGGUUCAAAAGGUGGUGGGGACAUUUUAAAGUCUUUGGAGAACACUGUCACAACAGCCAUCAAUAAAGCUCAAAAUGGAGCGCCUAGCUGGAGUGCAUAUCCCAGCAUCCAUGCAGCUUAUCAGCUCUCAGAAGGAGCUAAGCCAUCUUUGCCUGUGGGUUCCCAAGUACUGCAAAUCAGGCCAACAAUGGCCAACAAGUUGAGGCCCAUAGCUCCAAAGUGGAAAGUCAUGCCUCUAGUCCCUAUCUCAGCAAAUGUGGCUCAGUGCACUCAAGUGAAGAAGGAAACUGAUGACAGGGAGGAGGUACAAAAGGACUAUGCUAAAGAGAGCAUUCAAGCUGAGCCUGCUUCACUCAGUCAGAGUGAGAGAGAACCUCUCCUCAAAUCUGAAGCCUCUGUGGAGCCAAAAAAGACAGAACCAUGUCCCUUGAAAGAAGAAGACAAAAUUAAAGAGGACAGUGGAAAAGAAAAAUCAGUCCUCAAGGAACCAACAGCAGUUUCUCUUAGUAAUGGUUGUGCUGCUGCCAACCAUUCUUCGGAGCUGCCUUGUGUCAACCCUCUCAGUGCCCUGCAGUCGGUACUGAAUAAUCACUUGGGCAAAGCCACCGAGCCCUUACGGCCCCAAUCCAACUCCAGCCCCAGCUCUAGCACAAUUUCCAUGUUCCACAAAUCUAAUCUAAAUAUGAUGGAGAAGCCAGUUUUAUCUCCUACUCCAACCCCACCAAAGCCUGCAAGUGUAACCAGGCACUAUUUGUUUGAAAAUAAUGAUCAGCCUAUUGACCUGACCAAAUCUAAAGGCAAGAAAGCUGAGUCAGCUCAAGCACAAUCUUGUACUUCUCCACCUCAAAAACAUGCUCUGUCUGACAUUGCUGACAUGGUCAAAGUUCUUCCCAAAGCUACUACACCAAAACCUGCUGCAUCUUCAAGGAUCCCGUCUAUGAAGUUGGAAAUAGAUGUCCGACGCUUUGAGGAUGUCUCAACAGAAGUCUCCACUCUGCAUAAAAGGAAGGGCAGGCAGUCAAACUGGAACCCCCAGCAUCUUCUCAUUUUGCAAGCUCAGUUUGCUUCCAGCCUCUUCCAGACAUCUGAAGGUAAAUAUUUAUUAUCAGAUCUAGGCCCACAGGAGCGUAUGCAGAUCUCAAAAUUUACCGGACUGUCAAUGACCACCAUCAGCCACUGGUUGGCAAAUGUCAAGUACCAACUUAGGAAAACUGGAGGAACAAAGUUUUUGAAAAACAUGGACAAAGGGCAUCCAGUCUUUUAUUGCAGCGACUGUGCAUCUCAGUUUCGAACCCCAUCUACUUACAUUAGCCACUUAGAAUCUCAUCUAGGUUUCCAAAUGAAAGACAUGAACAGGCUGGCUGUGGAGCAGCAAACCAAGGUAGAGCAAGAAAUCUCCAGAGUUUCAGUUCAAAGGUCUCCUGAAACAAUAGCUGGAGAAGAGGACACAGACUCUAAGUUCAAAUGUAAGUUGUGCUGUCGGACAUUUGCGAGCAAACAUGCUGUAAAACUUCAUCUAAGCAAAACACACAGCAAGUCACCAGAACACCAUUCACAAUUUGUAGCAGAAGUGGAUGAAGAAUAACUCUUAAGAAUAAUCAUGUGCAGACUCAGAUUUUCUCCAUCAUGUUCGUUACUUGAAUAACAUUUGGAAAAUGAAUUCACCAGACAGUCAAAAUUAAAGAUGUGUUGUGAGUUGUCACUCCCGCCACCUGCUAUUGUGGCUAUUCUCUGGCUAAUUGAGGGUGCAAGCACUCUGAAGAUGAAUACUCGUUUGUGUGAAGAUUUCACAUUUGUUUGCUGCAAAUAUUCAUGAAGCUCUAAGAAACACUUUGUGUACAGAGCCAGCACAAGGACUAUGCGUCACUUACGCUCUGUUUAAAAAGCUACUUUUGAAUAAUUUAAGCCACUAAUCAGAAGGUUGCUUUGGGAUGGGCAAUAGAAGCUAUUGCUAUAGAGUAUAACAUCGGUAUUCAAGUGCAGUAAGAUUGAAGUUUUACAUACAUCUUGUAUGUGCUGUCUGUAUUUGACCGGAUUUAUUCUUCUUGUGUAUUUUAACCAGCAAAAUUCAGUCUAACUCAAAGGGAGUUUAUUCUCUCAGUACUGCUAAAAUCCUUAAAUUCCUUUGUUCGUAUUUUUAACCCAGCAUUAGAACGCAAUACAAAAGGAAAAAACAAAUGUUCCUUGUUAACCUGAAAAUAACGGAUUUUCUGCUUAACCAUUUUAUUACCAUUCAAAAACAAUAUACCUGCCAAAAUAUCAGGAAAUUACAGGAGGUUGGUUGGGAAAAAUAUACCAUAUUUCAUUUCCUUCCUCACCAGUUAAUGAUUAAUAAGACUCUGACAUUCGUCGUUUUCACAUAAGAGAUAUCAGAGCAAACCAAUAAUUUGGGUUCUAUCAAACAAAAGCUAUCUGCCAAAUAUAUUAAUGUAACAGUUAUUUUGGCAUAUUCAUGGCUUAAUACCUGACAAAUGUUUCAGAUUUGGUUUUAAAAGCACCGUAUUAUUAUAAAGAGGCAAACCAAACACCCACCUUCAUAAACAUGUUAUUGUUCCUCGGGAUUUGGGGGACGAGUACAAAGAAAAAAAAUCUGAGGGAAAGAAAGGCUUUCUGCAUUGUAAUAACCUACACAGACACAUCACGAGUGUUAUUCAGGUGGUAUGUGACUACGUAAAUAAGGCACUGUCCUUCCUGCCUUCGGGUACCCAGAAAUCGCUGUCCUUUUAAUACUCAUCCUUUUCUAAUUUAUAUCAAGAUGCAGGUUGUGCCUUACCUUUGAAAAAAAUAUAUUUAAAUUGCAAUGACAGAGUGAUAGCACUGUUAUCUGGAACUAUAAUUUGAGUUGGUAUGCAUGAUAGCACAAAUUGUGUGAAAUGAUGGGGUAUUUUGGAUAGCAUUGUAAAGGUUUUAUGACUGUAAGCCUACCCAACUUCUGGCUGCGUUGGAAGCGUGGAGGCCACAGUUUAUUCGUAUGGUUUCUUCCUGAGAUCUGCAAGGAGACUAAAUCAUAUAACAGGGAUUUUCAGGGUUUACUUAUUCUUACCAUGUUAUUGUUAAGAUUCAGUAUGCAUUUGAAUAAUAACAUAGAGGAGAGCACAGCGUUGAGAAACGGGAAAUAUAAAGCAUACCGAAAUUCUUAAAACGUGCACGUGCACCUGCAUUCACUUGUAGGCAAUACUGUAGUGGCAUAGAAAUAAAAGUAUACGGAAAUAAACGGAAAUAAAACAGUGGAAAGUGUACUCGAAGUACAGAAAUACAUAAACUACUUUUUAUAUUUUAAUGCAAUUUACUGUUAAAGGUGAUAUUUUAAGAUGUCGACUGUCAUUAAAAAUAUAAAUGAAUAAUCUGGGUUAGUACUGUAGAAAAAUGUGUUGUGUAUAUGGAUUUAUUUUUAAGAUCUCUGUGAGGCUGUUUAUAAGAAAUUCACUAUAAAUACUUCUUAAAUGUAAAGACAUACAUAUCUGUUUUAUGUUCCUCUUCAGUGUUUUCUUGAGUUCCUUUAACUGAUACGGGCAUAUAAUAUAAUGUAAAAUUAUGUGUAAUACACAACAAUCAGAUGUCUCUAUUCUUUUCAUUUAACCUACUUCAUAUUUGUUUGUAUUGCUCUUCUUCAAAGAAACCCCAUGAACAUUAGGAAGCAUGGCUUAAUCAGAACUAAUUUGUAUGAUGACUUAUACCUUCAAAGAGGAUUUCUUCUUUUUUUGCAGCUGAAUUAGAAUUUGUAUGUUGUUCCGAGGAAAAAAACCAAAAGGCAAUGCGGGAUUUGAUUUCUUACUGUAACAUCAUGUGGUGGAAUUGACUGUCACUGGUCAGUGACCGAGGCUCUCCCCACUCUUUUCUACAACUUUUUACAGAGAUAAGUCUCUGUAGCGUUAAAUUUACCAGCUUGAUUGAGGAGAUUGCUUUACUGAAGACCCUGAUGAGCAAACAAGCAGCUACCUGAAAUGAACUAAUUGGAAAUAAGGCUGCUGCAAAACAAAAAAAUGAGUCAUAAUGAUAAACAGUUUUUCUCUCUGUUUCCUCCUUUGUCUUUUUUUAACCAUCAAGUUUAAAGCUUCUGCAGUGCUUUUUUUUUCUACUUUAUAGGAGACAACUGACAUUCUGUGGUAAAUGGAAGAAAGAGCAGAGCAGAACUGAAAAUCCUCUAAUGCACUGACACUAACUUGCCCUCUAUUGUUGAAAAUGAGCAGGCAAUCAUGAUUGUUCAUCAAAUGGCUCCUAAUGCAGUUAAAGCAUUCAGCUAUAAUUUCUCCUUGCAUUUAUAAUUACUGUCAUAGACUGCACACCUCAGUGAGCAGAUUAAAGCUAUAAACUAUUUAGCCGUAGCUUUAAGAUGAGGAACUUGAUUUGUCUGGCAGCAGUUAUUUGUUAGAGAGCUUGACACUUCACAUAAAAAUGACUCAACUUGAUGAAGAACAAUGCAGUUUAAGCAAUGCAGUGAUUUUAAAUCAGUCAUUAUACCACGCCCUGUAAGAAUUGCAAAGCAAUUUGUUAAAUGAUAUAUAGGACACGUAGAUAACUGUAUGUGUUAAGUAUACCAAAAUAGAAGAUUUUUUUCUCCUGUGGAUUUUAUUUUCUCCUCCCCUCUGGAGCUGUAGGAGCUGCUCUGAACAUGAUGUUCUGCUAUUAGCCAAUAUUGGUGUUACACAGGCAAGGCCAAUUGCGGGGAUUAGUUGUCCGAAGCCACACGUUAGGAGAGAAGACGAGGCAAGGCAAUAGCGACAGGCUCAGGUGGGCCUCUGUGCUGCAGUCCCUCAGCAGGGGACUGCCUCAAAUCCACCCUAGUGAAGGCCCAGUCCCCCCAAAAGCAGUAGAUUGGGACUUUUCAAAUUCAGCAUUCUGAAAACUUGGAACUUGCCCUGCCUAAUGUGUUUUCAGCCUAGCACUCGCCCUUGUAAAAGCAGCAGUAAGAGUUUGCUCUCAGCUUCUGUGAGAGCAGGGUCAGGGCAGAUCAAGGUGCAUCAGCAUGGAUAUAUCUGUGCAGAUUUACUUGCUUUUUAUGAAUACUACAGGUUGCUAUUAAGAUUGGUGUGACUGAAAUUGUAUUAGCUCAUCCAACCCACCAGGUUACCCCAUAUUGUUCCUAGACUCUGCAUGAACGUACAGUAAAUGACGGUUCCUGCCCCCAAAAGGCAGGAAUUCUUCAAUGCACAAAGAAACAGCAACUUGUAAGUAUUUUGACCAGAUCUUAACUGACCUUGAAUAGCACCUACCUCCUCAAGCAUUCAGUAUUCAUAAGGAUAUCAAAAUCUUACCUUCUCCUUGCUGCAUCUGAUAUUAUUAAAUGCUACAGCCUUCAUAAUCUAUAGUGGAAAAGUUUUACCCGGUGAGAUUUCAAAGGAAGAGUACAUGUUUUACACCUUGGCAACCAAGUAGCAAAGAUCAAUAACAAAAGGAAAAGACACAAGCAGCAUCCAGCCCUCAAAAGCACCUUUCAAUAAAAAUAAUGUAAUUUAGCAGGAUGAUCACUCUGUGCAAAUACGAUGGAGCACAGAUGAAAAACGAGGAAAAAUAUAGAUACGGCUUUAUGGGAAGAGGAAAGGAGGAAGAGAUUUUUCACUAUUUAUUGGGAUAAUGAACAGAUAAUUCACAAUUAUUAAGCUGUAGUCCUCAGGCCUUAUUCUGACUCUCCUCGGUUGAGAGCUGGGUCUGACUGUGAGUGCAGGUGGGGUGUGUUGGUGUGGGAAGCUCAGGCCCCCAUGGUCGUUCUCGUGCGUUGGUGGAGCUGUGCGGGAUUCACAGCAGCAGAUACCGCUCAGGACCCUGCCUGCAAGAAGAAGAGUGAGGCAGAAGAAGCCACGCACAGCUCAGAGCUUAUUUCAUAACUGUGACGGUGUUUCUCCUUUGGGAGUGUCUCACCUUCAGGAAAGGGGCAGCAGACCCUGGUUCCCAGCCCAUGAUAAGGCGUGUAGCAUCAAGGCACUGCGCUGGGAGAGCCGAGGGGCUCUGGGUGGCUGUGCAUCCCGAGAGCACGAGCUGGUGGAGCCCUGGAAGGUGGGAGGUGGCUGGAAGGCUCCUACACUCAGUUCUGUGAGGGGUGUCCUUCUCUGGGGCACUGCGUUGGCUCUGUUGGCUCUGGACGCGUGGGAAAGGUGCCAUGGGGACCAAGAGGAGGGUGCACUGGGGGCAUGGAAAGGGAGGGAAUGGCAGCAGCAUGCUGGGCAGAGAAAAGGAGGGAGAGGUGGGGAAGGAGGGGGCUUGUUCCUUGCUGGAAAUUUGCGCGUUCCCUUUAUUAAAACAAAACAAUUCCUCCUCCCCUCCAAAAUCCCUCCCUGCCAGCACUCAGCACAGCUCCUCUGCCAGGGGUCAGCACAUGCAGGAUGGGGGAGGGCAGGACGGGGGAGUGGAGGAGGUUGUCAUGUCUAAUGAAUACCCUGAAUGUAUCGAGAUAUAUAUUUUUUUCAUUUCAGAAAAGGUUCCAUUAAGAGGGAGACAGCCCUAACAUGUGCUUUGGCCCCUCAUCAGAUUUAUGAGUAUUUGCUCUGCUCUUUAAUAGGAAACUCUGCAGCAACUGCCACCUUGCCUGCUCUCCCUGAGAUACACAGUGGCUUCUCAGGGAAAUGCACUUCAUUAUUAAUGUGAAUUUGUACGUUUUUAUGACACUGCUUGGGGGAAGGGGCAGGCAGAGAUUUCCUGGUGAUAUAUGCUCAUUUCAAACCAUUUAUUGUCCCAGACAAUCGAAGAACAAUGAUAAACAUUGUUAUAGAAAGUGGAGAGUACCACAGUGACAUUUUUGAAGGGAAAGGAGAGGUGGCUGGAGUGGUUUUCAUGUGGUUGCUCCCCUCUUGUGCCUGCAGCAGCUGCAUCAGAUCAAGCGACAGAGCGGUCAUUGUGGUGGCAUGUUGCCUCCCCUUGCCUGCCCAUUUCUCAGGCCAGCAAUGACCCUUUGCUCAGUGCUUUGCUGCAGCAGAGGAGGUAUAGAGGAAGGGAAGGAGUGUGUCCUUUGGGAAGCCUCUACUGCAGAGAAUCACAAGGCUCAGAGUGAAUGUUCAGAAUCCCCAUGCCCCCUUGCCCCAGUAGUCUCUGAUUUAUUAUUGAGUGACCUGGCAUGGAAACCCUGUGCAUGUAGCAGCAGCUGCAAGGCAUCAAAUCAGAUCAGGAGGAGAAAGGCGAGGGUGUGUGACAUGGUUUACCAGAGCAUUCUCAGUAUCUUCUGCUUUCUCUUUCUGCUGCAAAGCUCAUCUGUAAUCCACACAGUCACCUGGGAGCUCUGGGAGGGGAUGAAAAUGGUGGGCUUGGGCUGCAUUGGAGAACCAAAAUAUUUCAUCCUUUAAGAUCACCCUAAAAAGAGAGAUCAGUAAGGCCAUGGCCUCUCUGUGAUCCAAUUUCUCCUGCCUCUCCCAGCAGUGUUCUGCAGGCCUGGUGAAGGUCAAGGUCAGGUUAUGCUGCCUGUGCCAAAAGCUCCAGAAGCCUUCGUGCUUGAGGGGGCUUUGCCGUUCCCACUGGGAUUUCCUCUCCGCAGCACUACCAGCCAGAGCUUCCUCUGUGCCACUGAGCUCAUAGCCUCCAGCUAUAAGCGAAUGACUGUGUUUGUAUUCUAUUCCCUAGUCCUGAGUAUGCACAAUCCUUUGUAACAGGAGGUGUGCCCAAUAGCUGAGCACUGCUAAAGACUUUCUUUAUGGCAUUUUUCUACUUUCCUCUUCAAACUGAAUAGUAGUAAGGAAGAAAAUCAAAAUAGCCAUAUAGGGUUGGGUCAUAGGCCUGUCUGUGUGCACCACGACUGCAGGACAUAAGUGUGGUACCAUCCCUAAAGGCCCCUCCCAGCCUCCAGAUUUAGAGUUCAGGAACUUCUUUGGCCAGAGGAGAUUGUGUUCUCCUACUUCCAGGGAACAAAUGAGAGGCCUUCUUGGUCACUGUAGAAAGACGGGCACAGCUGUGAGGCCUCUUAGGAUGAGCUCUGGACAUACCCAUCAUCAGGCAGGGAGCAGAGGAUACACAAACCAGCCCAAGGCAGGCAGAAUGGUGCUGAGUCUUCAUGCUUGUUCUUCACAACUGGCAGAGUGCAGGAAAGGAAGAAAUCCCACCCAGUGACAUCAAGCCCUCAGACCUAAAGUUCCCCCUCCUUUUCCCAUUCUAUUUUCCAUGAAGGUUUCCCAUCAUGCGGUAAAUAUGCCAAUCUGACCAUUAGAUUUCUUUCUGAACUCUAUGCAGAAGAGAACUUGUAGUCUUACUGCAGAAUUCAUACUAGCAUCGACUAGUAAUUCAGAUGAGGCAAAACUACUUAUUCUACGUGUUGUACACAGAUAAUGCUACAGUGAUCCCUUCUGGGUCUACUUUCAGCUUUUCUAAACCUGCAACUACUUUUUUUUGUACACGAACAAAAGUGUUUUUCCCCUCUCCUGCUGUAGAACUGUUGAAUCCUAAAUGCAAACUUGUUGUUUUCAUGAGGUCAUUUAAUGAAAACUCCCAAAUGCUCCCUGUUUCUAAAAAUCCCCAAAUUUAUACCAUAAACCACAGAUUACCUGAAAUUAUGUAUCUCAAUAUGUUCAGCCAAUAACCUGGCAUAGCACACAGCUGCCAGCAGAUACCUUCAUCCCACAUCUCCAUCUCUCCACUUUUCUGUCUUGUUCCAAGCCAAGGUUAGAAGCAGCUUUCUGCCCGGUUCACAUCCUCCGCCCUCUGCUGCUCUCCAAGCAGACUUUGGUUGUCACCCUGUAGCUGCAUGCUGCACCACUUCUGCAAACACAGCAGUGGCUGCACAACAUCAGCUGUAUUCUGAGGUCAAGUCAAGCUACUGGCAUUGAUUCCUAUAGGGACUGAGUCCUCGUGGCCACCAGCUUACUUUAUAGGGCCAUUAAGAGGAUUGAUGUUGCCUUUUAAGCACCUAUUGAUCUACAUCUCAAGGGACAUCGCAGAAGAAGCGUUCCACUGGGAUAUGAGUAGGCCAUGUCCUGUUUCUGCCUACUUUCAUGCAAACUGAGCACACCACUCCUACAAGUAAGGGCAAAUCUGAAUGCUUCCUCCGUGCUUCCUCAGCUCAGGGGCAAACAGCUGCAUGUGAUUCAGUCCUCAGCAAAGCUCGCCCCUAAACUGGACAUACAGACAGACAGGCUGUGGGUGGGCUUCCAGUUCAGUAACUCACUUCCCUUCAUAACCUAAGGAGCCAAGGAUUUGUUGGCCAUGUUUUUUUAUGGUGUAAGACCCAGGUUUGUCAUCCAGGGAAUAGGCGAUGGGGGAGGUAAUUCUGUUUAUUUGAUCAGUGUAUUUUUAAAACGAUGUCUAUGCUCCCAGGAAUUAUGUGGCCUUCUUCAAUAAAUCACAAACUCACAAAAAAAAAAAACAAACAACAAAAAAAAACCUCUCAGUAUUUUUCCAAAGAGAUUAGGGUAAAAGUUCCUAUACUCAUUUUUCAUGUCUGUAAAAAAAAUAUCAACAACAGUGAUAAGUAUAGCCAAAAAGAGUGUAAAAGCACACCCUGUCAUUUGUUUUCCAUGUGCCAUAUGUUUUCUGAAUCCUGCACCUCCCACAUACAAAUUGCACGCAGUAAUGUGGGGUGCACACAUUACUCAGGAUUAUUUAGUUAAGCCCUGCCUAUAUGAGGGAAUUAACUUAGAUAAAGUCAAGCCACUGUGCUUUGUUUUGUGUUUUUUUUUUCCUUAUUCUGGAUUCAUAGAGUAGAAAAUUAAAGAUCCCACUGUGCCAGGCUUCAUGUCAUUUGGUUUUAAUUUAAUUCAUCUCUUCAAUUCUCUGUUUCUCCUUCUCUUCGAGUAUCAUCAGUAGGUGGUCCAAGCAUCAACCAGAAGAUUUACUGGCAAGAGUAAAUGUAUGAAUGCUAUGAACACAUUGUUUUUCUGAUAUGAUUUAAUGACCUUUUUGGCAUUCCCAUGGCUGUUGAAAUCUUCCAUAAUAAUUCCCCUUGGCAGACAAAGCUCCUGUUGAUCAGGUGAAAGCUGAUGCAAAUGUCAAAUGUCAAUAAAUUUGUAAUCCAUAAAUGUAAUACUCAGUGCCAGAGUGUGACAGGGUUAAACAGAGUGCAGCAGCGGACACCUAAGAUAUGAGCUAAAUCUUAAUACUGUGAACAGAAAAUAGGAAAGCAGUAUCACCUCCAAAAAGUCCCCGUAGCCAAACUCUUCUCCUCACUCCUUGUUCUCUCUGCAUGUUUUCUGUAUUGCUGAGCUUUGACAAAAGAGGGUUUCAAUUGCUUGCACUUGGCAGAGCGAGGCUGGGGAUGCAGGUUCUGUUCCUUGAUCCAUUUUUGACUCGUUGUGUGAGGCUGGGAGUUAACUUCCCCGUGUUUCUAAAGGAGCUCUUUACCAGCACAGAGGUUUCAGAGCCAUCAGAUUGAUCCUGGAAACGAUUAGUUAUGCAAGAUAUUCCGGUAAAUUAACAAGACCACUUAUGUAAGUUAGGUGUUGCAGGAAUGAGUCGUGACUCAUUUAUAGUUUUAAGAUGCUUGAAAAGGGCGAGCCAUGUUUGAAGCCUGAUUUUAUAUACAAUAAAGACAUAAGAACAAUCACAUAAUUUCCCAAGAGAUUUUCUUGAGGGCCCUCCGCUUUGACCUUUGGCUCUGAAAAGCUCCGGUUUGUUUGACAUUGAAAAAAAGCAAAUGUGUGAAUGCAGUGCCAUGAGCAUUUGCACUUUGAGCAUGCUGGGGCUGAACACAGCUGAACUGGAAAAGACUGCAGCAGCUAAUGUACUUGGAAAAUAUAACAGAGGCAUUUACUUAAUAACUCAACUAAUUCCUUUAGCUCACCUUGUAGAGAUGUAACCUUUGAAUGAGAGAGUCCCUAGUUCAAAAUCCCAUGUCUCCUCUGUCCUUGUGUUAAUUUUUAAAUUAUAUAUCAUUGUUGAGAGGCCCUUGUGUUGAGCAUUACAGGCUAUUUUUCAUGUCUAAACUGGGGAAUUAUAACUGAACAUUAGCUACUGGCUAUAAAUCACAUGGAACAAAGUGGCAUCUGCAUCUACUCAGUAACAAGAGUGGGAGAAAUGCAACUUACUUAAGUUGAGACAGGAAAGAGGACACAAGCGCAGUAGCAGAGAUAAUUGUGACUGGGGAGAACUAAUGGUUCUUUGAGCCGCGUGGGGCUGUGCAGCCCUGUGCUCAGAGCUCUCCACAGCCAGCACUGUAAGUGCACGGUCACAGCAGGAGCUCAGGCAAUUUGAAGGGGAAAUGCGGAGCUGGAAGAUAUUUCACACACCCCUGCAAUGCCACCUAGCACGCUGCCGGUCACGGCAGGCCAGCCUCAGAGUCAGGGAGAGCUUUUUCAGAGCCUGGCAAAUGCACUGUUUUGCUCUCCCCGUCCCCAUCCUCCAUCAGCAAGCAUGAGUGAGCAGUGUCCACAACUCGCUCUCCCUGGGAAAUGUUUUUGUUUCUAAUUGUGGCUAAAGCCCAGGUGAGGAGGAGGCAGCACGGCUGUCAGCACAGCAGGCCGAGGGGCUGUGGGCCUGGGCUGCAUGGCUCUGCCCACUGCUCCGCUCGCAGGCAGGAGCACUGCGGUGCCUGUGCCUUCCUGAGCAGCUCGACAAAGGCACAGUGCUAUCUUAAAAGCCAGCAAGAGAAGCUGGACUGAGCGUGGUCUACUUCUUGCAUUUGUCUCUGCUGUCCUUUCUUGUACGCUGGUGGUGUAUUUUUUCAGUUCCCUGACUGUGAACAAAGCUUCCACGAUCUCUUGUGUCUUCACUGGGGCAAGCAAAAGCUGCCUGUAUAGUUUUGGGGGCCACACACUUUCGUCUGUGCAGUGCCAGCCAGCAGAGCUGCUUCAUAAACUGCUGCACCAAAUGCAGUGGGGGCUCAGGGUGAGCUCUGCCUGCAGUGCAGCUUCUUAAAAGGAGAACAGAGCUCCACACAGAGUUCCCCAAGCAGUUGGGUUUGUUCUGUUUGUGCAGUGCCGAGCACAGUGAGUUGCUGGUCCAGGUUCCAAGUAGCAGUAAUUGCAGUAGGUGUUUUGCUGAUUAGAGGUAAACUUCAGGACGUUCUUAAAAGCUUUGCUUUAGAGGCCUGUGUGCUGUACGUUUAUUAGGCUGUUCAGCAGUAAUUCAGACAGCAGAGAAUUGUUGAGGACCUGGUCUAUCUAAUUGUGUGUCUAAAUCAUAGUUGCACCGAGAUUCAGAGGUACUAACAUUACAGUCUGCACUGAAUGGCUCAGGUUAUAUGGUCAGAUUCCUGCAGAUGGUCAGUUUGUACCAUAAAAUUUAAAAUUACAACUUGCGCCAUAAAGCUACUGCCUCAAAUUUAUUAUAUAUUGCAGCACAACAAGCAAAUUAAUACUAGAUGCAGUAUAUGCCCAGACAUUAAUGUGAGCAGAGGAUGAAAUAUCCUCUUCCCAGCUCAUUGGUACACAUUCCCUUCAGAGCACCAAGGAAGAGGAAGGCACCAGGAGCGCAGCCCUGCAUGGUGCGGUGCCAGCCUUGGGGCAGCAGGAAGGACAUCACACCCCAGCACAAGGGCAUUGCACACACCCCAGCACGAGGCCCUGGGGCUUCCGAACCCGCAGUUCUGCUCCGUGCAUUGUGCCUGCAAGAGCUGAGCGCUCAGCAAAAUCUUUUUAUUAUUCGUCAUAAAGAAUCACAGCUGUGAAAAGCAAACUAGGGAAGGGGAGUGGGAACAGGCAGGCACACUCCCCUGGACCGGUGUAAAUCAGGAGCAGCUCUGCUGUAGGUCUGCUGAAUUACACUGCUGUCACUUCGACAUCAGCCCAGAAUCAGCCCCUUUACCUGCAAGAGAUGAGUGAAAUAUCUUACAACUGUGUGUCCAGGAGCCUGCUAAGCUUCUUGUAGAGUUGCUGUCAGUAUGCCCAGGGCAGAAGCAUAUUUUUUUCUUACUGUUGUACAUAAGGGCUCUGCUGCAGCCGACAACAUGAAAUGUGUUAGUUCGGUUUGUUCAAAAUGGAGUGUGUUUGUUAAGUGUUGCCUCUUUGAUGUUGCGCUGCCAUCUCCAUCUUUGUCAUCAUUGCCCAUCUUUUUCAAUCUAAUGAACUCAAACCAUCAGUGCAACUUAAGUUCGGCUGUCUGUUCUUGCAUAGUUAAUAUUAAAAAUGUACUAACAGUGUGGCUGCGAAAUCAAAUUAUGCACAUAAAUAUGCUGGCAUAGCAGAGGAGGCGGCAGAAGCUGAAGUUAGCAACAUUGAUGCCAGUUCACAUUUGCAAAUCAACCGUCAAUCUGUCAUUAAACAUGUUAUCAAAUGAUGAUAAGUGUAUGCUUCUUGCUUGCAUUGGCGCGCUUAUUCCCGAUGUUGAUGUGCAUUAAUGGGAUAAUGUGCAUUAACAUAGUCUUGCUUGGAUGAACACAAAACAUUUUUUAUCCGUCUUAGUUUGUUUCCCCCUGUGGCCCCCAAGUAAGUGUUUUGUGUUAUCAAAUUGCCAAAAAAUGGGAAAACACAUUACUUUUAAUUAGCAAAAAUUUUGAGUCGUUCUUUUUUUUAAAAUUUUUUAUCCAGACUCUCCUGUGUGUUGUCAGCUGAGGUGGAGGGGACAGAAAAACAUUCCCUUGCCUUCUUUAAGUAAAACGAUUAAUGUCAGAAACUCAGAGGCUGACAAUUAUGCUCUGUCUUAAUGCACUGGCCUUUCAUCUGCAGCCCUUGCUUUUGACACGAGUGAUGGUUUCAGUUCAGCGAUAUGAAAGGCAGGAAAGGAAAUGAUCUCAGGCAUUCCCAGCCCAUUGUGCGCUGCUGUACGCAGACAUGGCAAGCAGUCCUCGUGCUGGCUUCAGUUCGCGGUUUUGCAUACGAGUCGGCGGCGGCUGUACCUAAAGAUUAAACAAAAAGCUGCAGAAGAGCACGGCUGCUCUAGGAGGGAGUGGAAGGAGCUUCCCACCCGCCGCCCGGCUCUGCCACCGCUCCGCGUGAUGCGCUGCUUACAGCACACGCUGACAGUGAGCUUCCUGGAAGUAGAAAAAAAUCCUAACGCAAAGUGACGGAAGACAUAAAACCAUGAAGAGAGUCUGGCGACCAUCCCGCCAUGUACCAGGGCCUUCCUGCCUCCCAGCCCUGCCCGCAGCACCCGCGAGGUGAGAAGAGAGGGGAAGGCUCAUUGUCCUGGGAACCAUUUCAAUAAAUACAAACAUUUGUGGGUAUUUUUUGUUGUUGUUGUUUUAAUUGCUUCUAUUCAGAAUUGAUUUUUUUUCUACCCAGACACAAUUCAGUGCUUUUGGGAAAGUUGAGGUGGAACUCUACCAGAGCAGGAAAGGCAUCUGCUGGUCUUUUGUUCUUAUGGGACUUCAAGGUUUUCAAACUCUUUAAAAAGCAAAUGAAGCAAGGUUCUUCCCACCCCUUGGAGAACAGCUGUUCUUUUAAAUCUUUUUGUAUUUAUGCAACAGGGGCAAAACUGUGAUGAUCUACCCAGGUUUUUAUGGUAAAACAGCAAUAUUAAUGAAAGGCAGUCUGGAUAACGUCUGGUCCCGUUCAAAACACCACGAGUUUUUCCAGGGCUUUUACUAGACAUUACCGGUAGUGUUAUCAAAUCGGGCUCAAGAGUUGCCUUAAAGGAAAGUCAAUCAUUUAAAGGGUUUUAUUUUUAGUUUAUGAGCUGGAAAAUAAAACUCCUUCUAAAACUUUUAUGAUAGGCAUCAUAUUAUUUACAUGUCUCUAAAAUAGCAACUAUUUCUCAUAUAAUAAAAAUGUUUAUAAAUUACUUUUAGUCUCUGUUUAUGACUACAUUUAACAUCCAAACGUGGCUUGAGGUUCGUCCUGAACCUAAAAAAAUCAGUGCUAGUAGAAUAAUGACUUUCUACAUUUGAACAUUCUGGUAAACAGGUCAAACUGUUGAUCAUUUUUCCUUUUUUAUCAAUCUAAUAAUGCUACUAUCUUUAGGCAUCCUAUUCAGGUCUCUGAUUUCUAUUAUCUGGAUGAUUUAAAGGAAAAAUAAUAGAGAAUAAUUAUUGAUUUUUUUUAAUUGUCUUGAUUUUUGAAAAGCCUAUUAUUUCUAAAUUGUGGAUACAUCAGCACAAGUUUUAUACUCAUAAAACUCUAAUAACAGUAAUUGCACUCCUGUUAACUAUAGCUUCAGUGAGCCCUCAUGUUUUCUACUUCUAAACCAAAGAGCUUGUCUUCUCAUACAGAGAGCCUGAAUUUUAAGUUUAUUUUCUGUUACACAUCCGUUACUGACAGAAUUUACCCAGCAACAUCUUUUUUUUUCAGCUGUGUAGCUUUAUGUUGCUUCUACUCCAUGAGCUACCUUGAAAUUAACUUGUCAAACAGUCGUCCCACUGCUUAGGGAAGGUUCCUGAUCAGGUGAGUGGACCAAUUUGUCAGGACAUGGGGAACAGGUGCUGGAAAUCGGAUGGUUUUAAAAAGGCUCACGGUGAGGGCUGUGUCUGUGGGACCCCUGUAAGGAAGCUCAGGCUAGGAUCAUAUAGGUGACUUUUUAUAUAACAAACAGCAUUUGGAAAACUAGAGGGAGAAAGGUGUCUUGCAGUCUCCCCUUCCAUGGUGACUUUGAGCCCUUAAACAGACCUUCCUGGAACCUCUUCAUUGCCAGUGCCCAGUUCGUUCUUUUUUUGGUGUUUGGCAGACAACACGCCAAGGUAGAAAAUGAGUAUAUCAAACUGAGCCCAGAUCCAAAAUCCUGGCUACAUCCUGAUACUUUUCAGGAGAAGACUGGGUCUGGAUUUUAUCUUCACUACUUCAGCCAGUCUCUGCUUUGAACACAUGUAUCAAUCAGCUGCAUUAAUUUACCAGUUGUCAUUAAGCAGUUUGAAACAGUGAGAUGCUGGGUUGUUCCUCAGUAGUCAUUUGUCAAAGGAAAUGUUGAAAGAGGGAAUCAGAAGUAACAGAGUUACGCUAUUCUUCCUCUCGAUUCUCCAGUCUUUAUUCUUCAUACUGCAUCUUCUUCUAUUAUCUUAGGCUAACUUAUCUUAGGCUAACUUUGGAGUGUUUGUCAGUUUUUGAAAAUGGCAAGUAAUUAGUCAAUAUGUUUUCACCAUAUGUAUCAAGCUCAGUAAAGAGGCAACCAUUGGCCUUUGUCAUGGCACAGUAAGCGUUCGUUUUCUCAGCACUUCAAGUUACGCUGAGCGUGUGGCGAACGCCAAAGAAUUUAAUGAGGAAUUUUACAAUGAAACAUUUGACAUAAUGAUUCACUGUUCAGCACAGUUCACAAAUUUGGGACGAGUCCCCUUUUCAGAUUUCAUCGACUUGUGCUGUUCACACUAGAGGUCUUGUAUGAGCUGUAUCUCCUCUGCCUGGUGCCCUGAGCAGAGAGCAAAGAGGCUGUGCAAAGGGUGGAUAAAUUGUUACUGACUCAGUGUGGUCCUGUUUUACAUCUUCUUGGCACAGAUGCUGUGUACAAGAGGGAAGAAUUCUUGAAAUCAUGUUUCCCUUCCAGAUGGCCUUUGUACUUACCCCAAGCUAGUUAAUGCACUCUUUCCAUGGAGAAAUUUUUGCUUUAAGGCUUCCACUGUUGCUGACUGUCAACUUUCUAUAAAAUAAAAUAAUAAAAAAAAAUCAAAAUCUGAUCUUAACACUGCUGAUAAAAAGUGGCAUUUGCCCCGAUUUCACCUUCUUCUGAGCAAAAAUAUGUGCAGUGCUUCUGGAGAGAGAGAGGAUAGGCAGCAGCCUUGCCUGGGCUCUUUUCCCCUCUUGGGAAUGCUCUAUUUCAAUUAUUUGUGGAACAGGUUUCUGCAUUCUCCACUGGCUUUCCUUAGAUUUACAAAUGGGACUUCUGAGCUCAGAUUCAAUUCAGUGAGUUACAGGUGUGUUGUUUAACAUUUCGGGGUACAUACAAUAAAUUGCCACAAAUAAGAAUGAUGGCAUAUUGUUUUACUGCAGUCAUGAUUUAAAUUUAUGUGGCAUUGCUGUUGAAGUCAAUAGGACUUUCUCCUGAGAAUGUUUUGCAGAGUAUGAUAUCAUUAAAAUAUGACAGUUAAUAGUCUUGUUUAUGUUAUUAUAUUUAAUGAAUAAAUAUAUC